AUGGCUGUUAAAACUGGUAUUGCCGUUGGUUUAAACAAAGGUAAGAAGGUCACCUCUAUGACCCCAGCCCCAAAGAUUUCUUACAGAAAGGGUGCUGCUUCCAAGAGAACUACGUUCGUCAGAUCUAUCGUCAGAGAAUUCGCUGGUUUAGCUCCAUACGAAAGAAGACUAAUGGAUGUUAUCAGAAACGUCGGUGAAAAGAGAGCCAGAAAGGUCGCCAAGAAGAGAUUAGGUUCCUUCAAGAGAGCUAAGGCUAAGGUCGAAGAGAUGACCAACAUCAUUGCUGCUUCCCGUCGUCAUUAA